AUGGAGCUCCCUCAAUUUCAGAGCAUUAUUCAGCAAGUAUGGAAACAGUAUUAUGAAGGAGCACCUAUGCAGCAGAUCUGGAGUAAACUGAAAAAUAUGAAGGAACAACUGAAGGAGGUAAAUGCCUAUAUGGCUUCAUACAAGCAGAGACUUGAGCAGGCAAGAGAGAAGCUGGAUAUUAUACAAAGUCAAAUCAAGCAGAAACCUAUGUCACAGACCCUUUUUAAUGAAGAGAAAAUAACAUUAGAUGAAAUUGAGAAGUGGAGUAAUGUGGAGGAACAAGUAAUGAGGCAGAAGUCCAAGGCUUGCUGGAUUGAAUGUGGAGAUGCUAACACAAAGUACUUCCAUGCCCAGUGGAAGAUUAGGUCCAGCCAAAAUAGCAUAACAUCCAUAUAUACUGAUACAGCUAUAAUAAAGGAAGGACCAUGCCUAACUAUAUCACAACAAAGAACAUUGAUUCAGGAUGUUACAAUGGAGGAGAUCACAGAAGCAAUAAGGGAGAUGCCUAAAGACAAAGCACCAGGAGUGGAUGGGUUCCCUGUGGAAUUCUUUACCAGGAACUGGGAGCUAGUGAAAGAAGAUAUCUUGCAGCUNAACAACAGUUAA